AUGUGGCAUGACAAACAAUACAAGAAAGCUUAUUUGGGUACUGCCUUGAAGACCAAUCCAUUUGGAGGAGCAUCUCAUGUCAAAGGGAUUGUCUUGGAAAAAGUUGGUGUGGAAGCCAAGCAGCCCAAUUGUGCCAUCAGGAAGUGUGUGAGAGUCCAGCUGAAUAAGAAUGCAAAAAAAAUCACUGCUUUUGUUCCCAAUGAUAGCUGCUUGAACUUUAUUGAGGAAAAUGAUGAAUUUUUGAUUGCUGGAUUUGGUCAAAAAGUUCAUGCUGUUGGUAAUAUUCCUGGAGUCAGAUUCAAGGUUGUAAAAUUUGCAGAUGUUUCUCUUCUGGCCUUGUGCAAAGGCAAGAAGGAAAGACUAAGACCAUAA